CCCAUGCGAGUCAGUAUCAAUUUUGAACAGCUUGUGGAUUAACCUGUAGUUAAAAUGAAGUUCCUGGGACUCUUGUUGUUGGCUCUGUGCCUGCUGAUGGGAAUCUUCGCCGAGGAGAUCGAGAAGACCGAAAAGCAGCCGAUAUGCCCCUGUUCGCGUAACUUGGAUCCGGUCUGUGGCAGCAAUUUCCAAAGCUACAACAAUCGCUGUCUCUUUGAAUGUGCACGCCGCAGUUUUGAGCGCCAAGGACGCAGCCUACAACUGCUGAGAAGCGGCAAUUGUUAAAGCCCUUGGAUGGAUUAUUCACAAUAUUCUUUUAUUUAUGAAUGCAAGCAUCAAAUACCAAAAAAAAAAAAAGAGAUUAAGUAAAAAAAUAAAUAACGUACAAAAUUAACUUUGUUGAACCGUGUAAAACCCCAUGAAUCAUCAAUGAAUAUUUGUUAUAUUUCUGCUUAUCAGCUUGGCUCUAUACGGAGUGUGUUUUGAUAGCGACUGACUUUAUCAAGGCAGAGACUAUAUAGAGCUAUAAAUUAGAUGUACUCGAACGAUACUCAACAGCGUUGCAGGGCUACAUUACAUCGAAUUCUACACUCAUCGAUCCAAACAUAGAAUUUCUAAAAACCAACUUAAUAUAAAUGAAUCAAAUCAAAUCAAAUUAUCCACUUUAAUUAUUCUAACGGCAUCCGCAAUUCAAUUAAGUGUGUUAAACCAGUUGAAGCUACUGGCUUGAGCCAGUUUUGCAAAUUUAAUUUACAGUUAAGAGAUGUUUGCAAUUAAUUAAUAAAAUGGAAAUCAUGAAUUUCAAAUGCAAA